UUAGCAAAUCUUGACCAUCAAGUUGAUGACCGAGUUAUAACAAUAGACAAAAAAAAUAUAUAAUUAUAUAUGCUCUAUAUAUAAUUUUCAAACAACAAGAUCUAGCAUCAAUAUUCAACACAAUCAAGAAAGAGGUUUAAUUUGGUGUUUGUCACAAAAUGGGGUUGAAGCACUUUCUCACCCUCAUUUGCUUACUCAAUCUCCAUUUCUUACACACAUUUGCAGAUGAUACAACUAAUUCAAGCACCUUGGAGACAUAUAUAGUCCAUGUCGAUGUAAACCUCGGGCUUUUUGCUCGAUUCGAAGAGUUGGAGAGUUGGUACACUUCGUUCUUGCGAACAUCAAACUCAAACGGCCGAGGAAGAAUCGUCUACUCCUUCCGCAAGGUGUUCAGAGGCUUCGCUGCUCGAUUAUCGGCUGACGAAGUCAAAGCCAUGGAGAGCAACCCGGGCUUCAUCUCGGCCCGGCCCGAGAAAAAAUUCGACGUGCACACAACCCAUUCCCCAAACUUCUUGGGCUUGAACCAAAACAUGGGCUUUUGGGAAGGCUCAAACUAUGGUAAAGGUGUGAUCAUAGGUGUCUUGGAUUACGGAAUUUUUCCAAGCCACCCUUCAUUUAGCGACGAGGGGAUGCCGCCCCCUCCCGCCAAGUGGAAGGGGAAGUGCCAGUUCAAUCAAACAACGUGCAAUAACAAGAUCAUCGGCGCUAGGUACUUCAACUCUUUAGACGAUAGCCCGUUGGACAACAACGGCCACGGGACCCACACGGCGAGCACUGCAGCCGGAAGCUUUGUGGCAGGUGCCAAUUUGUUCGGCAACGCCAACGGCACGGCCACCGGCAUCGCCCCUAUGGCCCACCUAGCCAUCUACAAAGUGUGCUCCGACUCUUGUCACGAAAGCGACAUACUUGCUGCAAUGGAUACUGCUAUCGAAGAUGGAGUUGAUAUACUUUCCAUCUCUCUAGGAGGAUUAAAUAUUAACUUUUACGACGACGGCAUUGCGUUAGGCGCGUUUAGCGCCAUGGAGAAUGGCAUAUUAGUCAGUUGCUCGGCGGGGAACAGUGGUCCGUUCAACAUAUCAUUGGAGAACGAAGCCCCGUGGAUCCUAACAGUUGGUGCUAGUACUAUCGACAGAAAGAUAAGGGCGACGGCCUUGCUUGGAAACAACGAAACUUUCGACGGUGAAUCGACUUUUCAGCCGUUGGAUUUUCCAUCGACGUUGUUGCCUCUCGUCUACGCCGGAUCGCUCAACACGAGCGAUCCAAAUAUACAGUAUUGUACUGCGACAUCGUUGAACAAAACCGACCUCCGAGGAAUGAUAGUUGUUUGCGAAAUUGGCGUGGUGGGAAGACUUUCGAAAGGAAUAGCAGUGAAAAAUGCCGGUGGAGCCGCCAUGAUUCUAGUGAAUUCUCUGUAUUCGGCAAAUACGACUGCAGCGCAAGCCCACGUUCUUCCAGCAACACACGUCAGCUAUGCCGACGGUUUGAAGAUUAAGACUUACAUAAACUCAACCACCACACCAAUGGCCACAAUACUAUUCAAAGGCACUAUAAUCGGCGACGACCGGGCCCCUGUGGUAGCAAGCUUUUCGUCCCGAGGGCCGAAUUACAUUAGCCCUGGUAUCCUAAAGCCCGACAUUUUAGGGCCCGGAGUAAACAUUCUUGCGGCAUGGCCGGUCUCGGUCGAGAACAAUGCCAACACGAAUUCCACAUUCAACAUUAUCUCCGGCACAUCCAUGUCGUGCCCCCACCUGAGCGGCGUGGCGGCCCUAAUCAAGAGCGGGCACCCCGAUUGGUCGCCGGCGGCCAUAAAGUCGGCUAUCAUGACCACUGCCGAUGUCGUGAACCUAGCCCUAAAUCCAAUCGAGGACGAGCGGUACGUUCCGGCGAACAUAUUCGCCACCGGAUCGGGACAUGUGAACCCAUCUAGAGCCAAUGAUCCGGGCCUUAUUUACGACAUCCAUCCAGAAGAUUACUUCCCUUACCUGUGCGGAUUGAACUACACGAACCGACAGGUCGGCAUUAUUCUGCAAAAGAUAGUGGAUUGCUCGGUGGAAGCGAGAAUACCAGAGGCGCAACUCAACUAUCCAUCGUUCGCCAUCACUUUCGGACGCUCGCAGCCGAUUACUCAGACUUACACGAGGACCGUCACGAAUGUCGGCGAGCCUGUUUCGUCGUACGUUGUCGAGAUUGUCCCGCCACCUGGGAUUGGCGUUCUCGUCGAGCCCACUACCCUCGAAUUCACCGAGGCGAACCCGAUACUGCAGUAUCAAGUGACGUUCACCAGACUGGACUCGACCACCAACAAUGCAGGUUAUAUUCAAGGUUACCUGAAAUGGAAUUCCGGCGCCAAGUACUCCGUUAGGACUCCGAUUGCCGUUAUAUUGCAAAGAGGUUUAAUUUGUCUCAAAAUGGGGUUGAAGCACUUUCUCACCCUCAUUUGCAUACUCAAUCUCCAUCUCUUACACACAUUUGCAGAUGAUAGCACCAACACAAGCACCUUAGAGACAUAUAUAAUCCAUGUCGAUGUAAACCUCGGGUUUUUCGCUCGAUUCAAAGAUCUGGAGAGCUGGUACACCUCAUUCUUGCCAACAUCAAUCUCAAACGGCAGAAGAAGAAUCGUCUACUCAUACCGUAACGUAUUCAAAGGCUUCGCCGCAAGAUUAUCGGCUGACGAAGUCAAAGCCAUGGAGAGCAACCCGGGCUUCAUCUCGGCCGAGCCCGAAAGGAAAUUGGACAUGCACACAACACAUUCCCCAAACUUCUUGGGCUUGAACCAAAACAUGGGCUUUUGGCAAGACUCAAACUAUGGUAAAGGUGUGAUCAUAGGGGUCUUGGACUCGGGGAUUUUUCCAAGCCACCCCUCGUUCAGCGACGAGGGGAUGCCGCCCCCUCCCGCCAAGUGGAAGGGGAAGUGCGAGUUCAAUCCAACUGUGUGCAAUAACAAGAUUAUCGGCGCUAGGUACUUCACCUUAUUCGAUGAUAGCCCGUUGGACGACGGCGGCCACGGGACCCACACGGCGAGCACCGCCGCUGGAAGCUUUGUGGCGGGCGCUAACGUGUUCGGCAACGCCAACGGCACGGCCUCCGGCAUCGCCCCUUUGGCCCACCUAGCCAUCUACAAAGUGUGCUCCUUCAUUUGUUUUGAAAGCAGCAUACUUGCCGCGAUGGAUGCUGCUAUCGAAGAUGGAGUGGAUAUACUUUCCCUCUCUCUCGGAGGGGGUUCACGCAGUUUCUACCUUGAUAGCAUUGCGUUAGGCGCAUUUAGCGCCAUGGAGAAGGGCAUAUUAGUCAGUUGUUCGGCGGGGAACAGUGGCCCGUUCAACUUCUCAACGUCGAACGAAGCUCCGUGGAUCCUUACAGUCGGCGCUAGUACUAUUGACAGAAAGAUCAGGGCGACAGCCUUGCUCGGAAACAACAUAAGUGUUGAUGGUGAAACGCUUUUUCAGCCAUCGGAUUUUCCAUCGACGUUGUUGCCUCUCGUUUAUGCUGGCUCCCUUAACACUAGCGAUCCAGGUAUUCAAUAUUGUACCCCUGAAUCGUUGACCAAAAUCAAUCUUCGAGGGAUGAUAGUAGUUUGCGAAUCGGGCUUGGUGACGGAUGUUUCAAAAGGAGUAGCGGUCAAGAUUGCCGGUGGGGCCGCCAUUAUUCUGGUGAAUCAUCGGCUUGACGCAAACAUGACCUUCUCAGACGCCCACGUUCUUCCGGCUACAGACGUCGGGUACGCCGACGGAUUAAAGAUCAAGACCUACAUAAACUCAACCACCACACCAAUGGCCACAAUAUUGUUCAAGGGCACCAUAAUCGGCGACGAUCGGGCCCCCAUAGUUGCGGCGUUUUCUUCGAGGGGGCCCAACAGUGCAAGCCCUGGCAUCCUAAAGCCCGACAUUAUAGGUCCUGGAGUUAACAUUCUUGCAGCUUGGCCAGUCUCGGUCGAGAACAACACCAACACAAACGCCUCAUUCAAUAUCAUUUCCGGCACCUCAAUGUCGUGCCCGCAUUUGAGUGGUGUGGCGGCGUUACUCAAAAGCUCGCACCCUGAUUGGUCGCCCGCGGCUAUAAAAUCCGCGAUCAUGACCACGGCCGACGUUGUGAACCUAGCCCAAAAUCCGAUCGAGGACGAGAGGUUCAUUCCAGCAUCCCUAUUCGCCACAGGUUCGGGCCAUGUGAACCCAUCUCGGGCCAACGAUCCGGGCCUCAUUUACGACCUCAAAUCAGAAGAUUACUUCCCUUACCUGUGCGGAUUGAACUACACGAACCUACAGGUCAGCAUUAUUGUGCAAAAGAUAGUGGAUUGCUCGGUGGAAGCGAGAAUACCAGAGGCGCAACUCAACUAUCCGUCGUUCGCCAUCACUUUCGGUCGCUCGGAGCAGAUUACUCAGACGUACACGAGGACCGUCACGAAUGUCGGCGAGCAUGUUUUGUCGUACGUGGUCGAGAUUGUCCCGCCACCUGGGAUUAGUGUUGUCGUCGAGCCCACUACCCUCGACUUCACCGAGGCGAACCCCAUACUGCAGUAUCAAGUGACGUUCACCAGACUGGACUCGACCACCAACAAUGCAGGUUACAUUCAAGGUUACCUGAAAUGGAAUUCCGGCGCCAAGUACUCUGUUAGGACUCCGAUUGCCGUUAUAUUGCAAUGA